AUGUCGCCCCGAAACGAAGAUGAGGCUGCGCGUCAACUCGAGCAAGAAAGACAAUUACAGCUGAAACGACAGAAGGAAGCAGAAGACGCAUGGCUUCGCAAGUUGGAUGAGAUGUUCGAACAGAGGAACUCCCAGGAGCGCCUGAUUCAAGACUACAUGUUGUCGUUGAUGAAAUUCUUUGACGAUUUGCGAACUCACCUGCACUCUUUGCCUUUAAAACAACGCCCUGAAGUUGCGGAUCGUAUUCGUGAAGCCGUACGACAGCAUUGUCGCGAGCUGCGUGUUUCCCGAACCGCACCUCUCAAUAGAUUGAUUGAAAAUGCCUGUGUAGCCCGUGAAUCGGAGCUCUGGAGCUUUAUCGACGUCACUGCUGAAAUUGCGAUUGACGGUACACCUGAUUCCGAUGGCGGUGGAUCAAGCAGUGACAGUAGUGCCAGUGGGCGAGGACAACGACCACGACGCAUCCAUACAUUCCACGGAACAACGGGGCCUUCUGACUCUCACUCACCUUCAACUUCCGGGAAAGAAAAGUCAACCAUACGUCGACAUACAACGGUCCCCCGAAUGAGCGUUAGUCAAGAUGGCGGUAGCGGCGAAAAGAGCGACGACGAAGAAGAACGACACGAGCUGAACGAGGAACGCCGGGAGCAACUGGAAAUCGAUGAAAAGACGCAUCGUUUGCCGCUUGGCCUUAACUUAAAAGCUCGACGUGCUAUGACGAAUCUUAUCCGGGAUGUUGUUAAGCUCAAGGUAGAGAACAACCAUCUGCGAAAUGAAAUAUCUUUGAGCAAAACUAGACUCGCAAUGAAAGACAGAACGCAAAAUGUAGUGUCGUCAUGUAUGUUGGCCUCUGACACCAUGGAAGCAUUGCGCAGGAAAGAACAAGAAGUUCGCGAAGAGGAUUCACGUCGUCGGCGGGAGUUGGAACAAUGGGCCGAAGAGCUACGUGUUGAGCAGGAACGACAGAAACAACAAGAGGAGCAGUUACUUCUGGAAAAGGAACGACUACGUCGUAGUGAAGCGGAACUUGCUGACAAAUGGGCAGCACUUCAUGCGGCUACAACUGGUGGCGCAUCCACAAACGCACGCAUCAUUGGAAGGAUAUCUAUGAAAAGCCCGAACGCGGUGGACAGAUUGUCGUCAUUCCGCGAGCAAAAAUCUACUGAAGCGAAUGGCACACAAAUGGGUGGUGACAUCUCAACAGGCAUGCAGUUCUCGAUGUCGGUUUUGCGUGUCUCGAGUGUAAAUCGAACUCGAAGUUUCUGUCCGAGAACUUCUGUAUCAGAGAAACAACAUUCGAGCAAUGAAUAUGCAUGCAUGUAUCAGUUUCUGCAUCUUUUACAAUGUUGGAUUAGGAUUCAGGAACAGGAGAUUUCGAGGACCUGGACAUCUCCGUUGUUUCAGCCUAAUCCAACACUUUAG